UGGCAGCACCGCCAUGGCGCGCCUGGUGAUGUCGGUGUCCCCCGCAGCAACUGGUGCUCCUACGCGGUGACACGGACGGUGUCGUGCCACGUGCAGAACGGGACCUUCCUGCAGAGGGUGUUCCAGGGCUGCCGCUGGCCCCUGGCCUGCAGCGGGGGCAGCUACCGCGCCGUGAUCCGGCCCCUCUACAGGGUGACCUACAGGACAGUGACAGCGCUGGAAUGGCGCUGCUGCCCCGGGCACGGCGGAGCCAACUGCCAGCAAGGACCGCACUGCGGGUCCCAGCCCGGCUCCGGCUGCGUGGAUCCGGGGCUGGGAGGGCAGCGGGUGGCACCCGGGGGUGGGGACACCCUGGGGUGGGGACACCCCGGGGGUGGCACCGAGGGUCUGCAGGGCAGCGGGUGA